UGACCGACAUACUCCUUCUCUCAAUCACAAAUAAAAUCACGCCUCACACAUCUUCCUCCUUCCCUCUUUCCCUCUCUUUUCCCUUUCCUCCUUGUGUGCCGCCAGCUGCUGCCUCAAGAGGCUGCCUACGGAGCCCCAGCAGCCGCCUCCUCUCUUCCUCAACCAGCAGCAGUCGCGCCUCCCCUCUUCCCCAGCAGCCCCCGCCUUGUUCCCUUUGCAAGCAGCAGCUAGGGCUGCAUUUUCUUUCCCCAAACAGCAGCAACCACUUCUCCUCCUCCCUUUAUUGUUGUUCAAGAUUGUAAGGUCCUUCAAUGGUGAUUGAGGAGACGAUAUCAUCGAAGAACCCUUCUAGUUGAUAGCUGGAUUCGUUACCUUGAAGCGACAUCGUCGUCUGAUUACAGAUCGGAACCGGUCGGGAACGAUGGGUUAGCGGUGUUGAAUAGCGUUCCAAGGAUGUAUAUUGAGCUGAGCACGUAGGAAUUUGUAGAUUUGUAUUAGGAUUUUGGAUAAAUGUAUAUUUGUUUUGGCUGUGCUGGUUAUAUCGGACUUGUAGAGAAUUGUACGAUUAUCUUGUGUAUUAGUUAGAUGUUGGUUUUGGGAUUUAGCUGAGUUAGUCACGUUGAAGAGCUUGUGACCCCUUUGCUUGAGUUUUGGAAGUGUGAUUUCAAUUUCUUGGAAAACGAACCUAGUGAUGACCUUGUUUACCCAGUCAACGGUAAGUCGGGUUGUUACAGAUGGCGGCAAUGGAGGUUGUACACAGGUAAGUGGAGGUGGGUGAGUGUCUUAGUGGUGGUGGCAAGUUGUUGGAAGAGCGAACACUUACCCAAAAUAUUUCUCCAAGGGAAGGGUAGGGUAAGACCUCAGUCACUCCCACAGGCGAGAGGCGACAAGCAGAAACCUACAAUCGUUCUUCUUACCGGUGCAUCCUUCGGCAACAGCAACAGGUGGACACCUGCUAGGCUGCUGCAGUUGAAACUGGCAUUGCUUUCUGUUUUGUGGUCAUUAAGUUAAUGACAGACUUGUAGUAUGUGCGUUGUGAUACACAGACUGACACAAACAGAUGUUUAAGGCCAGAGAUCAUUUGGUCCGAAUUUCUAAGAUUUGCUUAAAUUUGCAGCAUAGAAGAAGAUUUUGCAAAGCCACUCCUCCAGGCAAUAAGCAGAAAUCUUACCAAACCGGCAAUAGUAACAGCAAUGGUUAUGAUAGAAGGGAUUUGGAGGUUUACCGUGAUCUGGAAAACCUUGAUUUUGCGAAGGCCGCUAAGAUACUCUUCUCCACCCCUCCCAAGAAGAAGAGAUUUGGGUUAGAUUUCCAUCUGGUGCAGCUGUUCUUUGCCCUCAUGCCAUCUUUGGCUGUCUAUCUUGUCGCUCAAUAUGCUCGCCAUGAAAUGAGAAAGAUGGACGCGGAUCUGGAGCAGAAAAAGAAAGCUGAGGAAGAACAGAAGGUAAAGGAGUUGGAAGCAGCAAUUGCAAAGGAGAAGAAAGCAGAAGAAGAGAAAGAAGUGGAGCUGUUGAAGGUUAAGGAAAGGCUUGACGUGCUCGAGGAGACAUUAAAGGACAUUGUUGUUGCAACGAAUAAACGAUCAAUUGAAGCAACAGAAAACCAACCAAAAACCCAGGAAGCAACAGCAGGACAACCAGAGAAGCAUGAAAUCAGACAAAAAAGUGAAGAUGAGAAAUAGUGAGUGUGCUUCAAGUUUUUUCUACUUGAACAAUACCUCUGCCAAUCUUGUCCUAAUAACUUAGCACAAAUCAUUAGGCAUUUCUCUGUUGAUUAUAGAAAAAUGUAAAAACGUACCCAUUAUGGUUGAAAUCAAACAUGCAUCAUUUAUCUAUCAGGUGAACAUAUUUCGAGGGUUUAUUCAUCGGGUUUUUUUCAUACACGGAGCACUCAGAUGCUUGUACUUUCUUCGUGUAUCCGGCUUUAUGAAC